UUUCCAUUUCUUACCAUUUUCACUUUUUCCUGCAUCCAGAAUUAGCCUCUCACUUGCUCUCUAAUUCUUCAGGAACUGGCGUUAACUCAGGAAAUUCUGGAGGAUUCUGGAAACAAAGGGGUGGUGACCGCCCUGUAUGAGGCCUUGAAACGCCGCGACGUGGAGGCAAUCCAGAAGAUCCUCGCCGCCGACCUCGAGUGGUGGUUCCAUGGUCCGCCGUCACACCAGUUUUUGAUGCGCCUCCUCACCGGCGAACAGGAAUCCGAUUUCACUUUCGUCCCCCACAGCAUCUCCGCCUUUGGCUCCACCGUCCUCGCCGAGGGGUUUGACCAGUCCCGCUCCAUUGCCUGGGUUCACGCCUGGACCGUGACCGAUGGGAUAAUCACCCAGGUAAGGGAGUACUUCAAUACGUCCCUCACUGUGACGCGAUUCGGAAAGACAGACCAAUCUGAUUGCACCACCACCAGCAGCAUUGCGUCGCUCAAUUGCCCCUCGGUUUGGGAGAGCAGUCUUCCGGAUCGGGUCGGGAAAUCCGUGCCCGGUCUCGUCCUCGCUAUCUAAAAGAUCCGAUUCGGGUCCGAUCACGUGCCCUUAAUCAGCCUAUUAUAAUAUUCUGAUACAUAAGAAUAAAGAGUUGCUAUUGUUGUUGUUGUUGUUGUUGUUCCUAUGGGGUGAGGGAGCACCGUCGUAUCUUGCGCCUGAUAGGUUGUGAGAUUGACGGCUAGGAUUGGCUUGGGGGUGUGAUCAGCUGCGUGUGGUUACAGUUGGAGUGUUGUGAUGGUUGAGAAGGUGACCGAUAGGAUGACGACUGGGGAACCUUCAGCCUUUGAUUUGAUGUUGUUUGAUUGUAUGCGUGUUUGGUGUGACGUUCCGCUUGCAAUAAAAGAAGUUUUAUUUGAUGGGCUAAAGAA